AUGAGCAAUAAGGAAUGCUUCAAGUGUGGACGCUCUGGUCACUGGGCCCGGGGGUGCCCAAGAAAAGAAGCCCGAUCGCAAGGAGGUAGAGGCCGUGGCAGAGCCAUUCCGGGGACAUCCGCCAUGCAAGCUGACAUCUGUUACCGCUGUGGUGAAUCUGGUCAUCAUGCUAAAAACUGUGAUCGCCUCCAAGACAUCUGCUACAACUGUGGAAAAACUGGCCACAUCGCCAAAGAUUGUCUGGAGCCUAAACGCGAGAGAGAGCAGUACUGUUACACCUGCGGUCGACAGGGUCAUCUGGCUCGCGAUUGCACCCAUCUCGAAGAGCAGAAAUGCUACUCUUGCGGUGAAUUUGGACACUUCCAGAAGGAAUGCACCCAAGUCAAGUGCUACCGAUGUGGAGAGACCGGACACGUGGCUAUCAACUGUAAAAAGGCAAAGCAAGUCAACUGUUAUCGGUGCGGCGAGUUUGGACAUCUAGCCCGAGAGUGUGAUAACGAGAUGGCCUCUGAUUAA